UAGUAAUAUUAUUAUUAUGGCACUCCCAGAUACCCAACGCAGCUUUAAAAUCUGGCGCUAUCAGGCAUUUCAUUGCCGCCUGAGUGAACACUUUGUACUGUGGGAUUACUGGCCAAUUAAACUAGAGGCCUUUAGCUACACUGUGUGUGUGUGUUGUACACACUCUAAAGGGAGCAUUUGCUGCAUUAUAGUCACCUUCUCAGGUCACAUGAGGUCUCUGGUUCUGACCUUCACAGGAACAGCACAAUUUGUCUGCAUUAUAAUGAAACCUUGAACAGUCAAAGUCUUCGUGGACUCUCUCACCUUCCAGUAUGCAUUUUGGUCGUCAUGGUGACCUUACAGCGUAGGAUGAUGUUGUCCUGGUGUGCUCAUGCCAUAUCGUCUGUCUGUUACUCAUCUGAGGGCAGAGAGCAGAGUUGUGUUGGAUAAAGUGAUCCUUGAUCCAUGGCACAGGGCAACUCUCACCCCCCCUCGCUGUGACCUUGCAGCCUGUCCCUGUGUGGCAUUGCCUUACAUUGGCUCAGCAAUACAUCACAGACAAAAGACACACACAUUGUCUUUGUGACACACAUUCUGUGCAUAUUUUUACUGACCCGGACCCACAAAUACUGUAGGGAAACUCUCACUGAGGCCUGCCCCCCACACAUACUCAUACCAAUCGCAGAAAGUGCUUUGUGCAUUCACUCACUUACUGGGCAGCUACUGAAGAGAGAGAGAGAGGGAGAGACAGACAGAGAGAGAGAGAGACGCUGGUGGGAGGAGGGCGAUGGAUACAGCAAGAGACAGAAGGAUUACAAGGAGAAACCCAGACAGAUAGAGAAUAAGAGAUAAGGCUCAUAGGGGGACCGAAGAGGAGACACAUCCCGUAAACUAACUGGAGGAAAGGCAAGAGUGAGCAGGGCAGGAAAAGGACUACAGAAAUAGGAAGGGAAACAGGGUUUGUCCACCAGAGAGGAAGAGAGUGAGUUGUUGUUGUAAAAGAGGCUGAGGGGAUCUGAUGGGAUGGCAUUGAUCUCUGGGAGCUGCCGGCUCUUGGGCCAGAUGGCGUCUUGUUGCUGCAGACCACUGCUCAACUCCUCCUGCUGUGGACCGUUCAUCAAAGUCUGCCUCUCCUCCUUCACAGGUCUGUCCCAGCCUGAUCUCUGUGCUACUACUGCACCACCAUGAAACAGACUGCUAAAUGCAGAUAGACAGGAGCGUAUAGGUUUAUAGGCAACAUGGGUAACACACUUAGCCAAGAAGACAUCUCUCCUGCUGAGCUGGAUGCUCUUUGGCGGGAACCGCCGUACACCCUCGGGGGAACAAAUGAACACUUCUCAGGAAGUGACAACAUGACUCAAGGUGCAGGUGAAGAGGAUGACGGUCCAGUAGUAGAGUCGGGUGAAGGAGUUGUGGAGCCUGACAGCUACUGGAAGAAGAAAGAGGCCUUCCUUAGAGGAAGUACUGUUUCACUGGGAGAUAAAUUCUCCUCAGAAAUCGUGUUGUUGUUCACUGGGCGGAGGCGCUCCAAUGAGGAUCCUGACCGGGCCUUACAGGAGGCGCUACGUACUCGGCUCCGAGUGGUCGAGAGCAACAGCCAGGAUGUUAUCCAGCUCUUUAAAGACUUGUCUGCACGUCUGGUGUCUGUCCACGCUGAGAAGGACAGCUUUGUACUCACAUUCAAGACUGUGGAGGAAAUCUGGAAGUUUUCAACUUACCUAGCAUUAGGUUAUGUUGCUCGCUGCUUAGAGAACUUCUUGUGUGAUCAGUCUUUCUGGCUGGACCCAGAGCUACUCAGUGACCUGGAGAUCAAUGUAACUGUGAACGAGGAACAUCUGGCCACCCUCUACCUUGGUCUUUUACUCCAGGAGGGAUCCUUCUUUGCUAAGGCACUAUUCACAAGAAGUGACGAGAAUGAAGACGAUGAAGAACAGCUGUCGUUCAAAAAGAAUGACCUGCUGAUGGUAAGGGACACGGGGCAGGACAACAUGUGGGAGGGCACCUUGCUCUCCACAGGAAACCACGGCCUGGUGCCAGUCAACGCCAUGCAGCCGCUGCCUUACCCUUUCUACCAGUGGUUCCUGAGGAAGUACCCAGGCAAUACUGGAUGCUCGCCAACAGAAAAGGAGGCAUUUGAACGUGCUAUUGUGACAGGUUCCUGUGUAGCAGUGGUUGACUACAUGCCAGAGGGCCCAGAGGAGCUUCAGCUAACUCAAGGUGACAUUGUGGAGAUCCAGGGUCUACUGGUCCGAGGCCUGGGCGUGUUCAUUGGAACACACGCAUCCACAGGUCACACUGGAUUCGUACACAAAGCCCAUGUCAAGCCUCAUGACACCAUGCCCCUGGACGGACAAUUGGUCUUUUUGACUGAGGAGGAGAGAGCCAGUCUGGCUCAGGUUAACCCGUGUAGCUCUGAGCCAAGUGACAGCAGCCUGCUGGAAAGACUCUUCUCAUCUGACAUCAGCUCCGUGUACAGGCUAGAUAGACUGGAUGAGAGUGACUUCAUGUACAUCAGGAAUCGGCCAAAACAUGAUCAUAAUAUUACUUCGAGCACCCGUCAGAGCGUCAUGUCAGAGAGAAGUGGAGGGACACCCCCGUACCACUCCUCUCCUCGCGCCUCCGUCUCUCACUCCAAUCCUCGCCUGUCCUUCUAUCACUCCUACAAUCCUCUGCCACAGGAGGGAGAGCGCCUGUCAUUCAUGCUGGAUGACACAUUCAGAGAACUGGACGAGUUCCAGGAAGACCCACCUCUCUUCUUGGAGGAGAACAGCUGGGAAGGGGAGGACUCAGAGCACAGUGACCCCACACUGACUCUGCUCAACCAUGAACACUUCCAGGAGGACUUCCUGCCCCUGUACGACCUGCAGUACUCCUUCCUGUGGGUGACCUUCAGUGGUAAGACCGAGGACGAGUUAUCAGGUCACCUAGAGAGCAUCAGGGAGUGCGCCAAGAGAAUGGGCAUGCACUGGGCACAUCGGCGAGCAUGUUUCCUCCUGGGAAGACUUUGUGCCAGGAAGCUAAAGUUCUCCCAGGCUCGUGUGUACUAUGAGGAGGCUCUCAGUGUUCGUGUGGACAGUUUCUCUGACACGCCGCUCCUCGUUGCUCUCUACACGAAUCUCACCGCCGUCUACCUGAAGCAGCGCAUGACCGAUAAAUUGCCCCAGACUCUGGAGAAGGCCAGUGCCCUGCUCCUCUGUCUCCCCUGCCACACCUUCACCUCCACGGAUGAGGUUGAGCUGCUGAAGCUGCUUCUGAAGAGAUCAGUGGUGAUGGGGGACAAACAUCUGGAGGCUCGUGUCUGCUACCUCAUCUCCAGCCUCUUCUUGCACCUCAGGAAGACCGAUGAUGCCCUUCCCUUUGUUGAGCGACUCCAGUUCCUCUCAGUGUCUCUCUCUGCUGCUGAGGGGCAUCCCAUAGUUCCUGUGGACCUCAACUGGCUCUUGAGCUGGCUCUAUAAUCGUAAAUACAUGCCUUAUUUGGCCCUGGCCUCUCUGAGUCUGGACUCAAGACAAGACCACUCCCUUCACAAUGCUUUCCAGAGGAUUGAGUUGUUUAUCAGGAACUCUGUUCGCCUGAACCCACGCUGGAAGGAAGGAACCUCCCUCCUCCCUGCCCAGAUUGUAGUUUACCUUCAGCAGGCCUUGGCUAUAGCUGAGCAAGGGGAAGACAUGAAGACCCAGAGGGAUCUUUGCCAGGGUUUGGCCUCUGUCUACCAGCAGUAUGAUGCUCUAGAUAAGGCAGUGGACUGUGCUCAACGAGCAGUAGAGACAGGAGGACACAUCAAUGAGGAAGAGGGCUUUGAGGCCUCUGUGCUGCUCGGGUGGCUUCUGGUGCUGACAGGCCAGGCUGAGAGGGCCCAGAGAGUCCUACAACCACUUCUCACAUCACUCCAGGGCACAGACAGUCCCACGCAGCGAGGCGUGAUCCACAACCUAUUGGCUUUGUGUCUAAGGCGGCAGGGUCGCAUCCCAGAGGCAGGCUGGCAUCUCCACUCUGCCUUGGUGAUCUCCAGGGAAAGUGGAAAUCAAAGAAACCAGGCCCUGGCACUUGCCAACCUGGGCUGCCUGGCACUGGAUGUGGGCGCAUCCUGUGUUGCAGAACGCUUCCUGGUCAGAUCCCUGCGUCUUUUUCUGGAUCUCUCGGAAAGCCCCACUGACGAGGAACAUGUUCAGACGUACCUUUGGCUGGGACGCAGCUACAAAGACAGAGGGAGGACUCACGACAUCAGGGCCUCUUAUGAAAUGGGGCUACUUAUUGCACUGCAUGCCAGAAACUUACACAGUCAGAUGGUGGUGGCCAAGGUGCUGAGUCGGCUGUAUGCUGACAUGCUGCUGUAUGGCCAGAGUAUCGUCUACUAUGAGCACUGUGUGUCGGUAUCCAGAGAGCUGAAGGACAAGAGGCUGGAAGGAGAAUAUCUGGAGAUCCUCAGCAGCCUCUACCUCUCACUCAACACUGAAAGAUCGUCUCGUAAAUCUCUGGACUACACCAAGCAGAGCCUGAGGAUUUCUAUUGAUUUGGGCAAGAGGGAGGAAGAGUCAGAAACCUGGCUACAGGUGGGACGCAUCUAUUUCCUCAUCCAUGAGGACGAGUUAGCUGACAUGUACCUGCAGGCAGCGGUAAAGACAGCUCUGAGGAUGAACGAUCCUCACUUUGCCAUGAGUAUCUACGAGGAGGCAGGAGAUGUCUACUUUAAAGGUCACAGGAACCAGAUGGCUUCACUGCCCUUCUACAGGGAUGGCAGUCUGCCAUUUGCACGGAGCAUCAAAGACAUCCAUUCAGAGUUUCGUUUGUUGAGUAAACUGACAGACCUGUUAAUGAACCACGGAGAGCAGGAGGAGGCUCUGCAGUACGCAACACUGGCUGUUCAGAUCGCUGACGAAACAGGUGUCCAUGUGAAUGAGAGGACAGCCUACCACAGGCUGGCCACAAUUUACUACAGCCUGGAGCAGUACGAGAUGGCAGAAAACUACUACCUCAAGUCCCUGUCCCUCUGUUCACCCGUCAUAGAGCACCCUAUGGAGGCUCGCUACUACACCAAGCUCUACUGUAGACUGGGCAAUCUCACUCUACACAAACUCAAGGAUGCUUUUGAUGCAGUGGGCUACUUCCAGUUGGCUCUGGCAGCGGCCCUAGAAGACCAAGCUAACCCCGAGGCUCUGUAUGUGGUGUACAUGAAGCUGGCAGAGAUCCACGGCAACCACAUGCCCGAUGCCGAGCUGUGCCAAGUUUACAGAGACAGAGCCCAGAGUCUGAAGAGAGUUCUGGCUGGAGAAGGAGGCGCUGUUGUUGGAGAGAAGAACAUGGACGAUGCAGACACAGAGCCUGGCCACAAAAAGGAAAAACACUCUGAUGCUGAUGUGGAACAUACAGAAGGAUCAGUUCAGAGAAACGGUGUUUUCACUUUUAUGCCUGAAAAUGGAAAAUGUGAAGACAACUCUUUUCCAAGAACUUGUAUAAUGCAUGGAGACACAGAGGAUACAGACACUAAUGGGAAAGACGAUCACAACAUUAAUCUUCCUGAUACAGAAAGCCUUUUUGUGGACGCCUUUGAGACACAGACCAUCGCCAGUCAGUCGUUCAGUGACAGUAUUCUGACUGAGUCCUUUGAUACAGCUAAAGAGCAGAUCUCAGACUCCAGCAGCUCCACCGACACUUUGCAAACCUACCACAAUCAAACAGACGGGAAUGACUUUGACAGUUCACACAGCAUGCCCAGUCACACACUUGUUAACACAAGACACACAGACUCUCAAAACACAGAUUCUGAUAUUCAGGAUGAGCAAAACAGCCCCACUGAAGAAACAGAUGUCUAUGCAGAUGCAACAGAAAAAGAUGUCAGUGUGAUGCUGCCCAGGUAGAGUUUGUUGGUGUAAACACUGAUAAAGCUGUGAGUGUGGUCGACACAGAUUAAGAUAAAUCUGGUGAUAAACACAUGGUGAACACAUGGACUUAAAUCAUGUCUUCCAGUGGCACUUUAUGUUCUUCACUGACAUUUCCUUUGCCUGGUCACGUGUGUUUCUUGACCGGCAAACUGACUCCGACGUUCCAGCCACGUGGCACUUAUUGUAGGAUAAAUGAUGUCAAUACUGUUUCAGAGAUGUAGUGACUUUAAAGCAUGUGCCUUUUGUUUUUCUAAUAUAUUCUAUGGUUAUUACAGUGCAUUGUGCUUGUAAUAUAUGUUUUUCUAAAUGUAUUUUUAGUAUCUCUGGAAGAUAUGACUCAAGCAUAAAGAAUGUUAUUUUGUUU